GUCGCUCCACACAAGCAUCGGUCACUCCAUUGAGUCGCUCUUCAUACUCCUACACGGGUGUUUUUUUCAGCAGACAUGGCGGCAGCUGACGUUGUCCUACAUCAGAAUGUGGUUGAGAGGGUGACAAACCUUCCCCUGGUGAGCUCCACCUAUGGCUUGGUGUCCAGCGUGUACUCCAACACCAAGGACACACACCCCUACAUCAGGUCUGUGUGUGAGGCUGCAGAGCAUGGCGUGCGGACCUUCACCUCCGUGGCCCUCACCACGGCGACGCCCAUCAUCGACAAGCUGGAACCUCAGAUUGCCAUUGCCAAUGACCUGGCCUGUAAAGGUCUGGACAAGAUUCAGAAAACAUUGCCGAUUCUUCACCAGCCCUCUGAGCAGAUUGUUGCAAGUGCCAAGGAUGUGGUAACCAGUGCUAAAGACGCUGUGUCGGUCACGGUGACGGGUGCCAAGGACACAGUCUCAGACACUCUGACCAGUGUGGUGGAGAAGACUCGGGGUGCGGUGCAGGAUGGGGUGGAGAUGACCAGGGCUGUUGUCAACGGGAGUGUGAGCACAGUGCUGGAGAGUCGUGUGGUCCAGCUGGUCAGCACAGGGGUGGACACGGCCCUCAGCACCUCGGAGAACCUGGUGGAGCAUUACCUGCCCCUGACUGAGGACGAGCUGCGUGAGCUGGAGCUGGAAGCCAAAACAGUGAAAGGCUUCGACAAGAAGAAGCCCAGCUAUUAUGUCCGUCUGGGCUCCCUCUCCACCAAGUUCCGCAAGCGGGCCUACACCGGGGCCUUGGCCAAAAUUCGAGUUGCCAAGCAGUGCACCCUAGAAUCCAUCUCCCAGCUGAACCACACUGUUGACCUGAUUGAAUUUGGCAGAAAGAAUAUUGACGGGGCCAACCAGAAGAUAAACAAGAUGAACCCUUGGGUUAAGUCGAAGUCCAGCGGUCCAAACCAGGACGACAUUCAUGAUGCAGAGGUGAUCGAGUCUCGCACCCUGGCUCUGGCACAUUCCCUCACCCAGCAGCUCCAGACCACCUGCCUGGUCCUCGUCUCUGGACUGCAAGGCCUUCCCAACCACGUCCAGCAAGAGGCGCUCUCACUCAGCCGCUCUGCCGCCGAGGUCUACAUGAGCUUCAACAAGGCCGCUGUCUUCAGAGAUAUGCCAGACUGCGUGCUGACCAGCAGCAGAAUCCAGCUGGGCAAAAUGAAGGAUUCCCUCGACAACGUCAUGGAUUAUCUGGUCAACAACACGCCGCUCAACUGGCUGGUCGGUCCCUUUUACCCGCGGCUGACCCCUCCUCCAGCCACCUCCUCGUCCUCCUCCACCAGCAGCAGUAGCCCAGACCUGCCCUCCACCCGUCCCUCCCACCCGCCACGCCACGACGAUCCCAUGGAAGUUGAGAUGGAGUCACUGGACUCCAAGCAGCAACAGUGAUCCAUCACAGUUUAAUAAAUGUGAUGUACAACACAUAUUCUGUUGAAAUACUUUUUAAAUUUUAACUGUUAGAAUAGAAUAAAAGUUACUGUAGGAUAAUUAAAUCCUCUCUGAGUACCAUAUUGCACUGAAAACAAUUGUUAGACAUUUUGUUUUUGUACCAGGCUUGUAUUCUUGAUGCAGCCACUCUCUGAUGGGAUUUGUCAAUUAAAAAUCGUGCACAGAAUUAACUGGCUUGAUGUGAGUUCAGUGUUCUCUCAUAAAUAAAAUU